AUGGGUCCUGGACCGGAAGUGGAGUUCGCCCUGGGGCCCUUCGGCGUGACCCCGCAGAGGGACGUCGUGUGUGAUUUCUCCGAGCCUGUUUACAGCGAGAACAAUGCCAUCUUAAUGGUUCGGCCGACGCUCCAGAGCGACAUGUCUGGUUUCUUGAAACCUUUUACUGCACAGGUGUGGCUGCUGAUCUUGGCAAGUGUGCUAUGCAUGGGCGUCGUCAUGGUGUGGAUGGUACGAGCAGAGGACACAAUUUUCAGGUCUUACACGAAGGGCAUCUUGGGCAAGGUUGCCAUUUGGGUGAUCAAAGCCUUUACACAGGAAGGAGACGGCGGCCGCCUCCUCGUGAGCACGUGGCUCCUGGCGUCCCUCGUGUUCAUGUCCUCCUACAGCGGCAUCCUGACCGCCAUGAUCACUGUGCCCAGAGUCACCAUCCCCAUCGACUCCCUGGCUGACCUCGUGGCCCAGGAUGACCUUCCCUGGCGCCUCGAGAAAGGAUCGAUGAUGUUUCAGUACUUCCAGGAAGCGGAGGACGACGUGCGAAGGAAGGUGUUCACCGGCAUGUCAGGAACUUUUCCUGACUGCUGGGCGGCUCGAGAGGCCAUUGCUAAGGGCGAGUUCGCAGCCAUUUGCGACAAGACAACCAUGAAGAAGGCCAUGUCAUGGGAUUUCAGCUCCAGUGGGCAGUGCCAUCUGUAUAUAUCUCGCGAGAACGUGUAUAGCAACGCGAUCAUAGCGAUGGCCUUCAAGACAAAUUCAAGCUACCUCCCCAAAGCAAACAGGAUUAUCCAACUAGUGAAGGAGUCAGGAAUCCUGUCUAAGUGGGUAGAGGAACAGAUCACCAACACGAGCCAGUGCCUCCUGCCUCCCUCGUCCGACCGGAGGGACGGCAUCGCCCCCUUGGACAUCGAGGACCUGGCAGGACCCUGUCUCAUUUUGGCUGCCGGGCUGGCUGCCGCUCUGCUCCUCUUCGUUUUCGAACAGUUGGCUUCUUACUCUAAGUGCAUCAACUAA